AUGUUAGAAGAAGAAACUGAAUUAAUAACAAACCAAACCGCAGAAUCUCUUGAAGCUUUAAAUUUUGAUGAGAUUAAUGUUGAUCAUGAAACAGAUGAUGAAAUUGAUGUUAAUUUAUCAUUCCCGUUACUUAUUAACCUUGAAGAUUAUUGUGAAACUAUGUUUAAUGAUGCUAUAAAUGAUAAAUUGCAUCCAUCAAGCAUUGAAUGGCCAAAUGACAUUUAUCAAUUUAUCUUUAAGUAUCGUCAAAAUUAUAAUGCCUCAGCUAUUAAGACUUAUGGUAAACAAUUUGAAAGUGAUUGGUGGUAUACCACAGAAAAAACCAUUUCUAUUAAUAAUAAUUUACUACCAAUUAUUAUCUAUGCUAAUGCAACCACGUGCAAUCACCUUAGUAAAACAUCAGAAUACCCAAUUUAUAUUUCACUAGUUAAUAUUCUAAGUUGGUUGCAAAAUAAACUCCAGGCUAAAGUACUUAUUGGUUAUUUGCUAAAGUUAAAAGCAAAGGAUAGUAUGAAGAGAAAUUCUAAAUAUUUUCAAAAAUUGCAAAGAUUAGUUUUUCAACGAUGUCUUCAAAUAUUAUUAAAACUGAUAUUAAAUCAAGCCGAUAUGCAUUUUGUUAUAAAUAAUGAAAUAUAUCCAUUUACACCAAAGAUAUCGGUCAUCCUUACUGACAUGGCAGAGCCCAGAACAUUUACCUUGACAUAUUUUCCAUCAACUUCUAAACGUUCUUGCAGUUUUUGUUUAAUAAAUAAUGAAGAUCUCAACAAUAUGACGUUAUCCAAUGUUAUUUUACGAAUACUAAAAAAGAUGUAG